UCUCUUGUGUUGUCAGGCAAAAAAAAUACACUAGACAAGGCAGUCGGAGCGGAGAGCAGCAAAUGACAAACACACUGGCUUGUUCUCUUUGCACGUUGAAAAUUUUUUAAAAAUCCUCAGAUUGAGGAGUGAUAUUUUAUUUUUGAUGAGCUUAUCGGCGUCUGCGUUUUGCAGCAGCAGCAGCGAGCGAAGGAGGAAGGAAGGAGGGAGGAAGAGGCUGAGGCAAGGACGGCAUCCUGACUCUCCAUCCUUUCUGUGAAGUGAUUAAUGCCACUCUGAGAGGAGGCAGAGACGGCAGUUGCUAGGAUACAAGGCAAGGUGAAGUGCCGACGUUUUAAAGGAAAGCAGAGGAGGAGGUGUGCCCGAAGCUGCUGAGAUGGUUGGCAUGAGGCCUGAAGCUGUCUGAUCGAGCCCCCCCAAGAACUGCCGGACUGAUGGACAUCAAAGGCCAGUGUUGGACCGACGAGGAGUCCGAUGGGGAGAACGAGCCGGAGCAAUUUUUGUACGGCAUCCAGGGGAGCUGCGCUGCUGACCUCUACCGCCACCCUCAGCUCGAUGCAGAUAUCGAGGCGGUCAAAGAUAUCUACACCGACAGCGCCGUCUCUGUCAGGGAGUACGGCAUCAUCGACGACGUCGACAUCGAUCUUCAUAUCAACAUCGGCUUCCUAGACGAGGAGGUUGCGACAGCUUGGAAAGUAAUCAGAACAGAGCCCAUUAUUCUGAGACUCCGCUUUUCUCUUUCUCAGUACCUCGAUGGACCCGAGCCGUCGGUCGACGUGUUCCAGCCCUCCAAUAAAGACGGAUUCAGCUUGGGCCUGCAACUCAAAAAGAUCCUGAGCACGUUCACGUCUCAGCAGUGGAAGCAUCUCAGUAAUGAGUUCCUUAAGGCCCAGCAGGAGAAAAGGCACAGCUGGUUCAAAGCUGGCGGAACCAUCAAGAAGUUCCGUGCCGGGCUCAGCAUCUUCUCUCCGAUCCCCAAGUCUCCAAGCUUUCCCUUAAUCCAAGACACGGUCCUAAAAGGGAAGCUGAGCGUCCCGGAGCUGAGAGUGACCCGACUCAUGAAUCGAUCCAUCUCGUGCACCAUGAAGAACCCGAAAGGGGAGCUCUUCAGUUAUCCGCCAAACAGCCAGCAGACUGUGGCUGUCCCAGCGGCCAGGGCCCCAGCGCAGAUUACCACCAGGCAGCUGAUUGAAUUGUUUUUCUCAUCCCAGGCGGGCGGCCACUGCAAGAACAUUCCUACGCUGGAGUACGGCUUCUUAGUGCAGAUAAUGAAGUACUCCGAGCAGAGGAUCCCCACGCUCAACGAGUACUGCGUGGUCUGUGACGAACAGCACGUCUUUCAGAAUGGAUCCAUGCUCAAGCCGGCGGUGUGCACCAGGGAACUGUGUGUGUUCUCCUUUUAUACUCUGGGUGUGAUGUCGGGGGCUGCAGAGGAAGUGGCCACCGGUGCAGAGGUGGUUGAUCUCCUUGUGGCGAUGUGCCGAGCUGCUCUUGAGUCUCCACGUAAGAGCAUCAUAUUUGAGCCCUAUCCCUCCGUUGUGGACCCCAAUGACCCCAAGACUUUGGCCUUCAACCCAAAGAAGAAGAAUUAUGAGAGGCUGCAGAAAGCGUUGGACAGCGUCAUGUCCAUACGGGAAAUGACCCAGGGCUCGUAUUUGGAGAUCAAGAAGCAGAUGGACAAACUGGACCCUCUGGCCCAUCCACUGCUGCAGUGGAUUAUUUCCAGUAACAGGUCUCAUAUUGUCAAGCUGCCUCUCAGCAGGCAACUGAAAUUCAUGCACACCUCCCACCAGUUCCUGCUGCUCAGCAGCCCCCCAGCCAAGGAGGCUCGUUUCCGCACUGCCAAAAAGCUCUAUGGCAGCACCUUUGCCUUCCAUGGUUCCCAUAUAGAGAACUGGCACUCUGUUCUGAGAAAUGGACUAGUCAAUGCCUCCUAUACCAAACUGCAGCUGCACGGAGCAGCAUACGGGAAAGGCAUCUAUCUCAGCCCCAUCUCCAGCAUAUCUUUCGGAUACUCAGGAAUGGGGAAGGGACAACACCGCAUGCCCACCAAAGACGAACUAGUGCAGCGUUACAACCGCAUGAACACCAUACCACAGCAGAGCCGUCCGAUACAAUCAAGGUUUCUUCAAAGUCGAAAUCUGAACUGCAUUGCACUUUGUGAAGUGAUCACAUCCAAGGAUCUGCAGAAGCACGGCAACAUUUGGGUGUGUCCCGUGUCGGACCAUGUUUGUACUCGCUUCUUUUUUGUGUACGAGGAUGGCCAAGUGGGGGAUGCCAACAUCAACACCCAGGAGCCCAAAGUGCAGAAGGAGAUCAUGCGUGUGAUCGGGACCUAGAUCUACCAGAGUUGUUCCUAGAACUGAUCAUGUACAGUAGAUCCAUGCAUCUCUCUUGGCGGGAUGCACACAAAUCGGACAUGAGACGGACAAAACGAGCGAUGAGCGAAUGUUUGCAGGAGAGCCGACCUCCGGCCAUGGAGAGAGCCGAGGUCGAGCUCCAGGACAUAAACUUUUAUUCCUUUACUUUGACUCGCUAUCCCCUCUCUGCGGACCGUUACCCCAUGACUACGCUUUUUGACAUUUAUGGCGAAAAUCUGCAGUAAAGAAGAAAAGAUGACGGCGUCACUGGCAUGGCUUUCCACAGUUACAUCCUGCUUCUAAUGACAUUUCCUUUCUCCUCUAUCUCCACUCAUCAUUUCUAUCCAUCUCUCUGUGUCUCUCUAUCUCUUUAUAUAUAUACGUAUAUAUAUCUAUUCCUGAUUUAUAGAACAUUGGUGAAGGAAAUCCCCUCUGUUGUCUCGACAAAGACAUGAUCACCCGUCUUUUUUUUAUUGAAUACUGUUUGAGUAAUGGCAUCAAUUAUGCCUGUGCAAUUGUUAUCUAAAGGGCAAGUCUAGUGCUAUUGUUUUGUCCUUGGUCGCUGCAGUUCAUUUGGCAGAAUUCAAUAACUGACAUUGAACUAUCCACUCGAGGCAUUUUGGUUUCAUGAUUCAUCAUUGGUAGCGUCUUAUGUUUUUAUGAAAGGUACAUAUCACAUUUAAAUAUAUAAGGCUAGAAGCAGCCAUGAUACCAAAUUAAUGGAUUGUUACAAUUUAUAAAAGAACACUGCAUAUAAAAAAAACAAAGAAAAUCGAUAAAUAUAAUGAUAAUAAUAUAAUUAAUAAUUCUUGAAGGUGGAUAUAAAUUUUGAUAAAAUUCUAAAUGUAAAUAAAAAAAUAUAAAAAUACAAAUUACAUUAAUAAGCAACAUAAAAUAUUUUCUUUAUAUUUUUUAUUAUUUUUAUUUGACUCUCAAUUCCUUACUAAUUCUGAAGUAAUACACAUUAAUUUAAAUGUGAUUUUUAAUAAAGAUUACAAGGACAUUAAUAAACAAAUACAAUUAUAUGUAUUUUUUGUUUAAUUUAAUUUAUAUUUAUUUGUUAUUUUAUUAUUAUAUUUAUUUUUAUAAUUUCAUGUAAUUUUUAAAUGGAAAAAAAUACAUAUAAAGUAAUAUAACAAAUAAAAUGAUAACAAUAUAAUUAAUAAUUCUUGAAGGUGGAUAUACAUUUUAAUAAAAUUCUAAAUGUAAAUAAAAAUAAUAUAAAAAUACAAAUUACAUUAAUGAGUAACAUAAAAUAUUUUCUUUAUAUUUUGUAUUACUUUUAUUUGACUCUCAAUUCCUUACUAAUUCUGAAGUAAUACUCAUUAAUUUAAUUGGGAUUUUUAAUAAAGAUUACAUGGACAUUAAUUAAUAAAUACAAUUAUAUGUAUUUUUUGUUUAAUUUAAUUUAUAUUUCUUUUUUUAUUUAGUAUAAUUUAAAUGGAAAAAAUACACAUAAAGUAAUAUAACGAAUAAAACAAUGAAAUGUAUUUAAAAAUCUCAAAAUUAAUCACAUUUAUUUAAAAACAAAAAUGUUGUUUCGAGGUUUGAUUUUCUUGUAGAUGAACACAAACAUCAGUUACAUCAGCAAGGCAUCAUUUUCUGGUCAAAAUCUAAAUUUAAAAAAUAGGACUCUAUCCAUUAAAUGUAAGGCAGCUUCUUGAGUAGUUUCACAUUGGCAACUGUGUUUAGUUAAUCCGGUUUAUCAAUUACCAGCCAUGUAUUGUAUGUACAUACUGUAUGUGUGCUCAACAUCCACACUAGACAUUGCACUUACUCAACAUCUGCCUAAAACUCACUGUCCUCUCCCCUGUGUAAUGGAGGAAAAGGACACAUUGGAGCGAAGCCGACUGUAAUUAUGUGACAAUGUAUGUACUGUGUGUCAGCGCAGAGAAAGGGCUUUGGUGAAAUGUACCGCUGAGGACGGAUGAGGCCUGUUUUGGUUCCGGCUAUUUGAACGUUUCUUCUCGCAACACCAGUUUCUGGUGCGGAGGGUGUCUAAAGGACUUGGAAGUCAGUGAACCGUAGGGGGAUAAAACAAUAAAAUCCCGAUUUUGCACAGUUUUACAUAAAGUCUCCUAUUAUUCUUGGAGUCUGUAACUGUUUUCAGCCAGAAGAGGGCGCUCUACUAGCAUAAUAUAUCGUAUGAAUGAACCUCACAUGUACAAAAAUUAUAUAUAAUAUUAUAUAUCACUACUAUUAAAAUAGUUAAUUAAAAAAUUGCACAUAAAUUUACA